UCCGCAUGAUGUAUCUCGAUACCCACAUGUAAAAGUGCGCUGGUGUUGACAAAUGUUUCACAGCUUCCAUUGGGAUAGGGUUAAAAAUUAACCUUGUUUUACUUUCGUCGUUGUUGCGAUGAAAACGCGACAGUCUGAACAGUUCGAUUCACCGUAAACGUAUCAUAAAUGUAGCCGCGCGCGUAAUGUCAGUGCUUAGCAACCUGAUCAUCGGGAGCCUUCUUUUCGUGGGUCCAGUUGUAUGUCCAUUUUGGUCGAACAGCAGAGACUCUAAAAACUUAUUCGCAGAACCAGUUGCCACUAAUUUUCCGGAGCCGAAAACCGCCGCUGAGUGCAAUGAAAAGUGUCAGACGCACGGUGGGAUCGCCUUCCGAGGAGGAGGACUUCCGCCUGUUCCGAUGAAAACUGGACACUUUAAGGAGAGCGAUGACGGAGGGCACGUGUGUAACUGCGUAUUCAGUGGCGGUUUAUAUCACGCCAUAAGGACCGCGGGUGGAAACGAAACCGAUUUCAGAGACCACCAGCAUAGCAGGAAGAUGGCCACGCGGUGGUUACAGCGGAACGGUUUCAGGGUACAGAUGGUCUCGUUUCACGAAAGCGUGCCGUCGAAAUCAAUCGAAGAGGAUUCGGAAUUGACAAAAGGGAACUGUACAGCGAUCUGCAUCGGCACGAUGGGUGUCAUCAACUUCGGUAGAGAGCACGAACCGGAUGGUAAAUUUGUCGUGCGAUCGAUCGCGAUGGGCGGGUACCGGCAUCCGAAAUCCGGGAGAUGUAUAUGUUUUUGCGAUAGCAUAGUAUCGGCUAAAGUGCAGAUGGUUUUGGACAAGAGAGAAUUCAAUCGCUUGUUUGCAAAAGGCGGAUCUGCGAGCUGUAAAUGGCUAAGAGAGCAGCAAGCAGAUUUUCCGUACUUAGUAAUUCAUUGUCCCGAUGACGAACCCUCAAAGCAUACGAAAGAUGAAUCGUCGAAAAUGGGGUUGAAGGCUUUGAAGCGAUCGCCGUUUAUCCGGAGGGAGGAAGAACAGCCAUCAUCUCCUAGGAGAGAGUCAAGGAGAUACAUAUCGCCAUCUCUUGGUAGAGAGCGGAGGGGAUCUAGAUCUCCAUCUCCAGGUAGAGAACAAAGAGGAUCUAGAUCUCCAUCUCCGGGUAAAAAGGAAAAGGGGUCUAGAUCCCCAUCUCCAAGUAAAGCGAGGAGGGGAACAGAUCAGUAAGACUGAUCACCCAAAGGGAGGAAGAGCAGUCAUCAUCUCCAGGUAUAGAGAGUGAAGGGGAUCCCCAUAUCCCGGUUGAGAACAAAGGGGAUUUAAAUAAAAGUCCCCAUCUCUAGGUGGAGAGCGAUAAAGAGGAUCUAGCUGCCCAUCUCUAGGCGGAGAACAUAGGGGAUCUAGAUCCCCACCUUCAAGUAAACCAAGGAAGGGAACAGAUCAUUAAGAUUUGGCUGAUGAGGUACUGAUUUUGAUCACGCAUUUGAUUUUAUUGAGCUUUACUCCUUUACCUUUUUUUGUUACCUUUUGGGAUAAUUGUAGUUUGUAAACCUAAUUUCAUAUUGUCAAAUUUAAAGUAUGAUGUUUCUUCUA